GGGGCAGAAUCGAAACUGAGAGCUCCUGGGUAGGCUCGGCAGGCAGGCGGCUCCAGGAGGCUGCAGUGGGGACCCAGGGACCCAUCUCUUCCUGGCACCCUGAGCUCUGGCUUCGAACCGUGGCCAGCAGUCCUAGCGGACCACGUGGGCCCGUGAGCUCAGGAGCCUCGGACACUGUCCCGGAGAGCCAAGCUGGUGUUCGAGGUGGCGCCUCCAGGGUCCAGCCUGCUGCCCAACAGCCCCGCGGCCACCAGGGGGCCGUCCCUGGCCCGGCUGUGUGCCCUGGUGGACCUGUGUCUGGGCUGCUCCCGCUGCACCCAGCGGCUCAAUGAAAGCACCUACGUCCUCCGCAGGGUGGAGCAUGACUGCUCCCACGAGAUCCUGCUGGCCCGCUUCAAGCAGGCCACCAAAAGCAAGGUCUGGCGCAUGGUGGGCUGCCGGCCCACCUUCCCAAGGCCCUUGUGCUACCAAGUCUGCCGCUAUUAUAGCCCUGGGCUCGGCUGCCGGCGCCACCGAAACCGGUGCACCUUUGCCCGCAGUCGCGAGGAGGCCCUGGUCUGGACCUUUGAGCGUCAGCACAACCUCCAGCGCAUGUGGCUGAAGGCGGAGGUGCAGGGCGGUGGGGCCCAGGGAGGGGCAGGCCGGGCGGCUGAUGCCAUCCUCACGGAGUUUGGCGGCCGCUUCGAGCUGCUCUGCUCCCUCUGCUUCAGGUGCUGCCCCCCACGUGUCUGUCGCGUGGACCCCCAGGGGCAGUGCCCUGAGCACGGAGCCUGCCCCUCCCUCUUGGCCCAUGUGAGCGCCGAGGGCCGCCGCAAGCAACAGUUUGUGACGGUGAGGCCACAGCCCCGGGCCGGCCAGCCUCCCGCCUACUGCAGGUUUGUGGGGCGCGGGCAGCCAUGCUGGCGUGGGGAGUCCCGCUGCCAGUUCGCACACAGCGCCGUGGAGAUGGCUGUGUGGGAGGCCGAGCAGCUGGGUGGUCUCCAGCGGGGGGACCUGCUCACACCCCCUGCCCCUGACAGCGACGGGCGCACGGUCCCCCUCGGCCAGCCCCCUGUGGCCUGGCUGUACUGCCCGGCCUGCUUGGUCACCUGCCACUCUCAGGAGGCCUUCGAGAACCACUGCGCAUCCUCGGAACACGCACAGAUGGUGGCCUUCGACCAGGCCGUACCCUGGGAGCACCGUUCCCCACCCCCAGGACUCUCCAAGUUCGAGCUCUGCCCGAAGCCUGACCUCUGUGAGUAUGGGGACGCCUGCACCAAGGCGCACUCGGCACGGGAGCUGCAGGAAUGGGUCCAGCGCAGGCGGGCUGUGGAGCUGCGGGGGCAGGCGGCCUGGCAGGGUGGGCUGGUGCCCUACCAGGAGCGGCUGCUGGCCGAGUACCAGCGCAGCAGCAGUGAGGUCCUUGUGCUGGCAGAGACCCUUGAUGGAGUGCUCGUCACCUGCAACCAGCCCCUGAUGUACCAGGCCCAGGAGAGGAAGACCCAGUACAGCUGGACGUUUGCCGUCCACUCUGAGGAGCCCCUGCUACAUGUGGCCCUGCUGAAGCAGGAGCCUGGAGCCAACUUCUCCCUGGUGGCUCCCGGCCUCCUGCCGGGCCGGCUCUACGCACGGGGUGAGCGCUUCCGUUUGCCCAGCUCCGCCGCCGACUUCCAGGUGGGAGUGAGUGUGCAGGCCGCCUCCUUUGGCACCUUUGAGCAAUGGGUGGUCUUCGACUUUGGCCGCCGGCCGGUGCUGCUGCGGAAGCUGGGGCUGCAGCUGGGCCAGGGGCGUCGCCCAGAACCCUGCAGGAGUCUGGCGCUCGGCCAUCCUGAGGAGAUGGAGCGCUGGCACACUGGCAACCGCCACGUGGUGCCUGCCGUGGAGCGGACGGCCGAGCAGACAGCCCUGAUGGCCAAGUACAAGGACCCUGCCCUGGCCCUAGAGUUUAACCGCAGCGGCCUGGCCUCGGGCCCCAUCUCACCAACCAACUAUCGGCAAAGGAUGCACCAGUUUCUCUAUGAGGAGGAGACGGCUCAGCAGCAGCUGGUGGCCAAGCUGACCCUGCGGGGCCAGGUGUUCCUGAAGACGGCAUUGCAGACGCCAGCGCUGAACAUGCUCUUCGCGCCUCCGGGAGCACUGUACGCAGAGGUCCCCGUCCCCCCCUCCCUGAUGCCAGACACAGACCAGGGCUUCCUGCUGGGCCGGGCGGUCAGCACAGCCCUGGUGGCCCCCGUCCCCGCACCCAACAAUGCAGUGUUCGAGGUACGGCUGGAGAAACGGGCCAGCUCGGAGCAGGCGCUGUGGCUGCUGCUUCCCGCCCGCUGCUGCUUGGCCCUGGGGCUGCAGCCUGAGGCCCGCCUGGUCCUGGAGGUGCAGUUCCAGAUUGACCCGAUGACCUUCCGCCUCUGGCACCAGGCAGUGGACACGCUACCUGAGGAGCAGCUGGUGGUGCCUGACCUGCCCGCCUGCGCCCUUCCCAGACCUUGGUCUGUCCCACCCUUGCGGCGUGGCAACCGCAAGCAGGAGCUGGCCGUGGCGCUCAUCGCGGGCUGGGGCCCUGGGGAUGGGAGGCGUGUCCCCCCACUGCUCAUCUAUGGCCCCUUUGGCACCGGCAAGACCUACACGCUGGCCAUGGCCUCCCUGGAGGUCAUCCGGAGGCCUCAAGCCAAGGUGCUCAUCUGCACACACACCAACAGCGCUGCCGACAUCUACAUCCGGGAGUAUUUCCACAGCCAUGUCAGCGGCGGCCACCCCGAGGCCACUCCUCUCCGUGUGAUGUACACGGACCGGCCACCGAGCCAGACGGACCCCGUCACGCUGCAGUACUGUUGCCUGACCAACGACCACCGGGCUUUCCGCCCGCCCACGUGGGCAGAGCUGGCAAGGCACCGGGUGGUGGUCACCACCACCUCCCAGGCCCGCGAGCUCAGGGUGCCGGUCGGCUUCUUCUCCCACAUUCUCCUCGACGAGGCGGCCCAGAUGCUGGAGUGUGAGGCCCUCACCCCGCUGGCCUACGCCUCGCACAGCACCCGCCUCGUGCUGGCAGGCGACCACAUGCAGGUCACGCCCCGGCUCUUCAGUGUUGCCAGGGCCCGGGCGGCCGAGCACACGCUGCUGCACCGCCUCUUCCUGUACUACCAGCAGGAGACGCACGAGGUGGCACGGCAGAGCCGCCUGGUCUUCCAUGAGAACUACCGCUGCACGGAAGCCAUCGUCAGCUUCGUCUCCCGGCACUUCUACGUGGCCAAGGGCAACCCCAUCCACGCCAGGGGCAAGGUUCCGCCCCACCCCCGGCACUACCCACUCAUGUUCUGCCACGUGGCGGGCAGCCCAGACCGGGACAUAUCCAUGACAUCCUGGUUGAAUCUGGCUGAGAUUGCCCAGGCCGUCGAGAAGGUGCAGGAGGUCUACAACACCUGGCCCAGCUGCUGGGGUGGCCGUGAGCAGAGGCACAUCUGCGUCGUGUCCCACGGGGCUCAGGUCAGUGCGCUGAGGCAGGAGCUGAGGAGGCGGGACCUAGGCCAGGUGUCUGUGGGCAGUUUUGAGAUCCUGCCAGGGCGGCAGUUCCGGGUGGUGGUGCUCAGCACGGUGCACACCUGCCAGAGCCUGCUCAGCCCCGGGGCACCGGCCCCCGAGUUCUUCACCGACGCCCGCGUGCUCAACACCAUCCUGACCCGCGCCCAGUCCCAGCUGGUGGUAGUGGGGGACGCCGUGGCCCUCUGCUCCUUCGGGGCCUGUGGCAAGCUCUGGGAGAGCUUCAUCCGCGAGUGUGUGGAGCGGCACAGUGUCUGCCCCGAGGGCCUGUCCAUGGAGCAGGUUGAGCAGGGCGUGGCGCAGAGACGGCGCUGGCCCCCUCAAGGCACACGAGCUGGGGCAGUGGGGAACUGGGAGGCUGCCCCAGAGCCAGUAGGGGACCCAGCCGAGGAACCAGCGACUGUGGUGACGGCCACAGUGAAGGCAGAGCCGGGAGAUGAGGCUCUGAGCCCAGCCUCUGGUGAAAUCACGGCAACCACAGCGCAGACGGAGGCUGUGGCAGCGCCAGCAGGAGGCGCAGUGAAGGAGGACACGGCGCCCGGGGCCUGCACGGCGGGAGCAGCCGCUGCGGCAGGCGUGGAGUCCACCGAACCUGAGGAUGCAGAGGCUGACUUCUGGCCGUGGGACGGGGAGCUCAACGCUGACGACGCCAUCCUGCGGGAGCUUCUGGAUGAGAGCCAGAAGGUGAUGGUAACCGUCGGGGAGGACGGGCUGCUGGACACCGUCGCCAGGCCAGAGUCCCCGCGGCAGGCCCGGCUGUACGAGAACCUGCCCCCGGCUGCACUGCGGAAGCUGCUGCGUGCGGAGCCAGAGUGGUACCGUCACUGCACCUUCGUGCAGGAGACCUUUGAGCGGGCGUCCGCCAUCCCGCUGGACGACGCCUCCUCGGGCCCCAUCCAGGUCAGGGGCCGCCUGGACUGUGGGAUGGCCUUCACCGGGGAUGAGGUGCUGGUGCAGCUCCUUUCGGGAGACAGGGCCCCCGAGGGGCGGCUUCGGGGCCGCGUGCUGGGCGUGCUGAAGAGGAGGAGGCACGAGCUGGCGUUUGUGUGCCGCAUGGACAGGUGGGACCCGCGCAUCAUGGUCCCCAUCAAUGGCUCCGUGACCAAGAUCUUUGUGGCCGAGCUGAAGGACCCAUCGCAGGUCCCCGUCUACGGCCUCCGGAAGGGCCGGCUGCAGCGUGUGGGGCUUGAGAGGCUCACGGUGGAGGCCCGGCACAGCCGGCUCUUCUGGGUCCACAUUGUCCUGUGGCGGCAGGGCUUCUACUACCCGCUGGGCAUCGUCCGGGAGGUGCUGCCUGAGGCCAGCACCUGGGAGCAGGGCCUCCGCAUCCUUGGCCUGGAGUACAGCUUGAGGGUGCCCCCAUCGGACCUGGCUGCCGUCACCAAGGCACUGCAGAAAUACCAAACAGAGCUUGGCCGGGUUGCCGGCCGUCGAGAGGACUGCCGCGCCUUCCUGACCUUCACUGUGGACCCCCAGGGCGCCUGCAACCUCGAUGAUGCCCUCAGUGUCCGAGACCUGGGUCCCCAGUGCGAGGUGGCUGUACACAUCACUGAUGUUGCCAGCUUCGUGCCCAGGGACGGGGUGCUGGACGUGGAGGCCCGAAGGCAGGGUGCUGCGUUCUAUGCCCCUGGCAGGGAACCAGUGCCCAUGCUGCCUGCCAGCCUCUGCCAGGACAUCCUCAGCCUCCUGCCGGGCCGGGACCGUCUGGCCAUCUCCCUGUUCCUCACCAUGGAGAAAGCCAGUGGCCAGCUGAAGAGCCUGCACUUUGCACCCUCCGUGGUCCGCUCUGACCGCCAGCUGUCCUACGAGGAGGCAGAGCAGGUGAUCAGGCAGCACCCGGGUGCCGGCCGUGAGCUGCCAGCCCGCCUGGACUCUGUGGACGCCUGCGUCGUGGCUGCGUGCUACUUCUCUCGGCUGCUGCGCCGGCACCGCCUGCAGUCCGACUGCUUCUAUGAGCAGCCGGACGAGGACAGCACCCUGGGCUUCCGCGCGGCCCACAUCAUGGUGAAGGAGUACAUGAUUCAGUUUAACAGGCUCGUGGCAGAGUUCCUGGUGGGCAGCGAGCGCACACGGACGGUCACGCCUCUGCGGUGGCAGCCAGCACCCCACAGCCAGCAGCUCAAGGCCCUGUGUGAGAAGCAUGGGGAGUGGGUGCCCCUGUCACUGCACCUCGGCCACCACCUGCGUGGCGGUGGGGGCAGCGCCCCUGACACGCAGCUGCACCUCCUGGCCUCCCUCUGGAAGCAGGUCCAGUUUGCCGCCCGCACUCAGGACUACGAGCAGAUGGUGGACUUAGUCACCACGGACGACAUGCACCCGUUCCUGGCUCCUGCAAGCCGCGACCUCCGCAAGGCCUUGGAGCGCUCGGCGUUCGGCCGCUGCACCUGGGGCCACCAGCAGCAGGGUGGCCACUACUCGCUGCAGGUGGAAUGGUACACAUGGGCCACCUCACCCAUCCGCAGGUACCUGGACGUGGUGUUGCAGCGGCAGAUCCUGCUGGCGCUGGGCCAUGGGGGCUCCGCCUACUCUGCCAGGGACAUUGAUGGGCUCUGCCAGGGCUUCAGCCUCCAGCACGCACUUGCCCAGAGCUAUCAGCGGCGGGCGCACAGCCUGCACCUGGCCGUGCAGCUCAAGGCCCAGCCUCUGGACAAGCUGGGCUUCGCGGUGGAUGUGGAGGCAGGCUCCCGCUGCUUCCGGCUGCAAUUCCCCAGCAACCGGGAGACACUGCCCGACCCCUGCUCCGUCCCCUACAGCUCCCUGCAGCUGGCCGAGCACCCCCAUGCCCUGGCAGGCCGGCCGGGCCUGCAGCUCCUGUGGCGGCGCCGGGUCUACUCAGUGCAGGGAUCCAGCCCGCCCUUGCCACUGCCUGGCACUGUGCUGGACCCACACACCUGGGCCGUGGAGACGGCUCUAUGGAAGCAGCUGCUGGCGCUGGUGGAGCUGCAGCUCUGGCCAGAGGCGGCUGCUCUCAUCCAGGAGAAGGGUGAGGCGUCCCCACGGCGGGGGCUGGUGCAGGUGCAACGGAGCCGCUGUGGCCAUUUCCUGGAGGUGGCCCGGGAGCUGGGCAGUGGGGACACCCUUCAGGUGCAGCUUGGCGCCAGCCUGCAGCACGGCUUCCUGGUACCGAGCCCUCAGCUCUGGACCGUGGCACCCGGCUUCAGCCUCUGCCUGGAGCACGUGGAGCGGCCCGGAGACUGCUUCUUGGGCCAUGUGUACCGGGCCCCGCGGGACCGCUAUCGCGACGUGGAUGAGUACGCCUGCGUGUGGGAGCCAUUCUGCGCUCUGGAGUCGGCCACUGGUGCGGUUGCCGAGAAUGACUCUGUCACACUUCAGCACCUGAGUGUUUCCUGGGAUGUGUCACGGAUGCCGCAGGGGCAGCUGCAGGGUGCCUUCCGCCUGGAGGCCGCCUUCCUCGAGGAGAACUGUGUCGACAUCAACCUCAGCUGCUGCUACCUCUGCAUCCGGCUCGAGGGGCUGCCGGCUCCCACGGCCAGCCCUCGCCCCGGGCCCAGCAGCCUCGGCCCUGGCCUGAGUGUCGACCCUGGCACCUACACCUGGGUGGCCCACGGGCAGACGGAGGACUGGGACCAGGAGCGCCGGGCAGACCGGCAGGAGGCUCCCAGACAGGUGCACCUCUUCAUCCACCACAUGGGCAUGGAGAAGGUUCCGGAAGAGGUGCUGAGGCCGGGCACCCUGUUCACCGUUGAGCUGCUGCCUAAGCAGCUUCCUGAUCUCCGCAAGGAGGAAGCUGUGCGUGGGCUAGAGGAGGCGUCCCCGCUGGUCACCAGCAUCGCACUGGGCCAGCCUGUCCCGCAGCCCCUCUGCAGAGUGAUCCCCAGCAGGUUCCUGGAGCGGCAGACCUAUGACAUCCCUGGAGGCCGCCACAAGCUGAACCCUAGCCAGAACAGGGCGGUCAGGGAGGCUCUGGAGAAGCCCCUCACAGUCGUCCAGGGCCCGCCAGGUACAGGGAAGACGAUCGUGGGCCUCCACAUCAUAUUCUGGUUUCAUAAAUCAAACCAGGAGCAGGUGCAGCCCGGAGGCUCCCCCGAUGGGGAGACGCGGCUAGGGGGUCCCUGCAUCUUGUACUGCGGCCCCUCCAACAAGUCGGUGGAUGUCCUGGCAGAACUGCUCCUGAGAAGGAUGGAGCUGAAGCCUCUCCGGGUGUACAGCGAGCAGGCCGAGGCCAGCGAGUUCCCAGUGCCGCGCCUGGGCAGCAGGAAGCUGCUCAGGAGGAACCCCCGGGAGGGGAGGCCGAACCAGAGCCUCAGGAGCAUCACCCUGCACCAUCGGAUCCGGCAGGCCCCCAACCCGUACUCGUCGGAAAUCAAGGCCUUUGACACCCGGCUGCAGAGCGGGGAGCUUUUCUCCAGGGAGGACCUGGUCUUGUACAAGAAGGUCUUGUGGGAGGCUCGGAAGUUCGAGCUGGAACGGCACGAGGUCAUCCUCUGCACCUGCUCCUGUGCAGCCUCCGCCAGCCUCAAAACCCUGGAUGUGAGGCAGAUCCUUGUUGAUGAGGCAGGCAUGGCCACAGAACCUGAAACCCUCAUCCCCCUGGUGCGGUUCCCACAGGCCGAGAAGGUGGUUCUUCUCGGAGACCACAAGCAGCUGCGGCCUGUGGUCAAGAAUGAGUGGCUGCAAAACCUGGGUCUGGACCGGUCUCUGUUCGAGCGGUACCACGAGGACGCACACAUGCUGGACACUCAGUACCGCAUGCACGAGGGCAUCUGUGCCUUCCCCUCUGUGGCAUUCUACAAGAGCAGGCUGAAGACGUGGCAGGGCCUGAAGAGGCCGCCCAGUGUCCUGGGCCACGCUGGCAAGGAGAGCUGCCCUGUCAUCUUUGGCCACGUGCAGGGCCACGAGCGGAGCCUGCUGGUGUCCACGGACGAAGGGAAUGAGAACUCCAAGGCCAACCUGGAGGAGGUGGCUGAGGUGGUCCGUAUCACCAAGCAGCUGACCCUGGGGAGGACCAUAGAGCCCCAGGAUGUCGCCGUCCUCACGCCCUACAACGCGCAGGCCUCUGAGAUCAGCAAGGCCCUUCGACGAGAGGGCAUCGCCGGGGUGGCUGUGUCCUCCAUCACCAAGAGCCAGGGGAGCGAGUGGCGCUAUGUGCUGGUGAGCACCGUCCGCACCUGUGCCAAGAGUGACCUGGACCAGCGGCCCACCAAGAGCUGGCUCAAGAAGUUUCUGGGCUUCGUUGUGGACCCCAACCAAGUGAACGUGGCUGUCACGCGGGCCCAGGAGGGGCUCUGCCUGAUCGGAGACCACCUUCUCCUGCGCUGCUGCCCCCUCUGGCGGAGCCUCCUGGACUUCUGUGAGGCUCAGCAGAGCCUUGUGCCUGCCAGCCAGGUGCGCGUCUGCAGGAGGCCAACUAUGCCUUCCUGAAGAGCCCUCCCCACCCGCAAGCUGCCAGGACUGGGAGGGCAAGUCCGGGGCCCCCCAACCUCCCCACCGCCCUCCACCAUCAGCCUGCCUGGGCCAGCCUGCCUCCUGGCCUCAGGGUCUCCCUGGGGCAGGAAGUCGGCAGACUUGGAGGAGGAGGAACGGUGAGGGCCAGUCCCCACACCCCUGCUUCUCCUGGGCAUCUGGGGACAGGGACACCUCUCAGGGUGGCCAAAAGGGGCUUCUUUGGGACCAGCGCAUGGAAAUUCUGCUGUCCCUGGGAGGUCUCAGAACUAGGAAGGAAACCCUAUGGAGGCUGCCCUUUGACCUUUGGAUGCCACCUGGGAUCACUCUGGAUGGCGUCUGUGGAGUUCAGGUUUAUUCUGUAUUUAAAUGAACUCAAAGCCAGCAUCCUGCCGGGCGUGGUAGCUCACGCCCAUAAUCCAGCACUUUGGGAAGCCAAGGCAGGGGGAUAACCUGAGGUCAUGAGUUCAAGACCAGCCUGGCCAACAUGGUGAAACCCUGUCUCCACUAAAAAUACAAAAUUAGCCGGGCGUGGUGGCGGGCACCUGUAAUCCCAGCUACUUGGGAGGCUGAGGCAUGAGAAUCGCUUGAAUCCAGGAGGCAGAGGUUGCAGCGAGCUCUGAUCGCACCACUGCACUCCAGCCUGGGUGACAGAGUGAGACCCUGUCUCAAAAAAAAAAAAAAAACCAGCAUCUGUUACUGGAACAGAGACAGCCUAAGCUCAGGACAAGGAGGCCUCCCUGGCAGAGGGGGCCUUUUUCCCACCACCGCCACCUGUGUCCUUCAGGGGCUGCGGAGGGCAGCCCAAAGCCAGGGGCCCACCCCGCCCCACCCUGCCCUCUGAAAUGUGAAAAGCCUGCAGUCUUCCCUUGGGCUGCGCGGUGGGCUGGGGGGCUGGGGGUGCUGGGGCGAUGCUUCCACCCUGGACUCCGCACUUUGGUACAGCCUGCUCAGCUGCAGCUGUUUCUCGAGCGCUGCCACCUCAGAGCAGCUCCGCCCCUCCUGCUGCCUCCAGUCCUGAGGGAGGGGCUUGCCCCACUUUCUACAUUCCAAUUUUUAUAUCUUUGAAUUAUGUGAUUAGAUAUUAAUUUAAUGAUAAAACCACUCUGAAAGCUCUUCUCA